AUGGUCAAAGUUCAACAUGUGACAUACCUGGAACUGGAGAUAAGGAUGAACGCAGCGUUGCCGACAAGGCAAGAACCGAAUUCCGACGAGGCCAAGAAAAUGCGAGAUCGUUUGUUUGAUGCGCUCACAAAACCAGUGCAAUUUGAGCACACUACAGCUUCUCACGAAGAGACUGCAGAACCCGAAAGCGGUGAAACUUCAACGGCAGGAGACAGAAUUGCUGGUCCAGAUAGAACGACAACGGAGGAUAAUUACCGCGAUACGGUAACUCCACCACUAGGAAUGGAUCAUAUCACGUCAAGACCAGAUGCUAUCUCAUCCGAAGCGAGAAAGUCAAUCGUCUUUUUACUGGACGCUCGAAUGCUUGCUAUUAAAGAUGGGUGGAAGAAUAUGGUUGACUUAGUGGUAAGGACUGUAGGACGAAUGAAGCAAACGAGAGUGGCAGUUAUAGCAAUGAGCUGCCCAUCGAAAGUCAUCGUUCCUAUGGGCAUCUACACUUCUGAUUAUCUUAGAAGCCAGUCGCUGGCGUUCAAGUCUGAUGGAAACAAGAUCGCUACAUCUCAAGCAUACAGACUCGCUAAAAAGCUUCUAGACGCAGAGACUACCAAAGAUAAAAGUGUAGCCGUGUUCUCAGAUGGUCAAAGUUCAACAUGUGACAUACCUGGAACUGGAGAUAAGGAUGAACGCAGCGUUGCCGACAAGAUGCGCCAAAAUGGCACGAAUAUUGUUAUGGUGCCCACUGGAAAACCCGCGAAUAAAACAAAUGUGGAAGAUAUUGCGGAGGAUCCCAGCAAUGUACUAGAUACUAAGCACGGGAUGGACGUUACGGCAAGAACCGAAUUCCGACGAGGCCAAGAAAAUGCGAGAUCGUUUGCUUGA